UACUGCAAAUUAUAAUCAACUCUGCUGUUCAUUUAGUUGGGUUCCCUUUAUUACCUAUGUCUUACAUCUUUUUAGCAGCCCCACCAUUGAUUUGGUGACCAAAACAGGUAUAAUUGCAGUCGGUCACCAUCUCUCUCUCUUUCUUAGCUUCCAUGGCUUAAUAUGAAUAUGUAGCCUGAGGUGCAAACUGAUCAGCUUAUCAUCCUUGGAUUUCAACAUGAAAUCUUUCCAUUGCUUCACAUUUCUUCUUCCUCUUCUAUUAACUCCUUCAACGGCUCUCAACAAUGAUGGGGUCCUUUUGCUUUCUUUCAAAUACUCCAUCCUCAGUGACCCAUUAUCAGUCUUGCAAAGCUGGAACUAUGACGAUGAAACCCCGUGUGCAUGGACUGGAGUAAACUGCACUGAAAUUGGAAUUCCAGGAACGUCAGAUGUGUUGAGGGUAACCAGCUUGGUCCUCCCCAAUAGCCAACUUCUUGGUUCCAUUUCAGAAGAUAUUGGCUAUAUCCAGCACCUUCGCCACUUGGAUCUUUCAAGCAACUUCUUUAAUGGAACUUUGCCGAGCUCUAUUUUCAACUCAACUGAGCUUCAGGUACUGUCGUUAUCUGGUAAUGUCAUCUCCGGUGAGUUGCCUGAAUCCAUUGGUGGGAUGACUAGUCUUCAGAUCUUGAAUCUCUCUGAUAAUGCCUUGUCUGGGAAGGUACCCAAGAAUUUGACUGCUUUUCAGAACUUUACUGUUGUGUCUUUAAGGGGCAACUACUUCACAGGUGAUAUACCAAGUGGGUUCGAUUCAGUUGAGGUACUGGAUUUGUCCUCAAAUCUACUCAAUGGAUCUCUCCCCAUAGAUUUUGGCGGUGCUAAUCUGGGUUUAUUGAACUUAUCUUACAACAAGAUUUCAGGGCCAAUAUUACCAGAGUUUGCAAAGCAAAUUCCUCAUAAAGCUACCAUUGAUCUCUCAUUCAAUAACUUAACUGGUGCAAUCCCGGAGUCUGCAACUUUGCUUAAUCAGAAAACUGAGUCGUUUUCAGGUAACUUCGAUCUAUGUGGGAAACCGUUGAAAAACCCUUGUUCGAUUCCUUCAACGCUUUCAACUCCACCCAAUAUGUCCCAGUCCAUAUCACCAGCCAUUGCAGUGAUAUCGAAGUCAACUGACUCAACCCCAGUUGCAAGCUCAACACCUGGAGAACCAAAUAACAUCCAAAACCAAGCGAAAGCCAGCCUAAAUCCAGGCACAAUAACAGCAAUAGCUGUAGCGGAUUUAGCUGGCAUCUCAAUUCUCGGCAUGAUCGUUCUCUACGUAUACCAACUCAAGAAGCGAAAAGCUCUCACCCAAAGCAUCACAACAACAACAAGCAACGUCGAGAAAAAACCAGACGUUCCACUCUCGACAAUAAUGCCAUCUUCGUGUUCAUGCAUCAAGUUAAAGCUCGUAGAGACAUCGGAGACAACCAGUUCCGAUAGCGAAAUGGAAGAGAAAAACCAAGGGGUCAAUGUGAACCCAACCGAGGAGUACCAGAAAGGAGGGGAGCUAGUGACGGUGAACGAGGAAACCGAGCACCUGGAGUUAGAAACUUUGUUGAAAUCAUCAGCUUAUGUUUUAGGGACGAGUGGGUCGAGCAUCGUGUACAAAGCCGUGCUAGAAAACGGCACUGCAUUUGCCGUGAGAAGGAUCGGAGACAGUUCAACGGAGAGGUUAAAGGAUUUCGAAAGCCAAGUACGAAGCAUGGCCAAGUUAAAGCACCCGAAUUUGGUUAAGGUUCUAGGGUUCUACAGGGGAAACGAUGAGAAGCUCGUCAUCUAUGAAUACAUCUCCAAUGGCAGCCUCGGUUGCUCCAGUUCCAGAAGAUCGAGUUCAUCAUCGCCUUGCCAUUUCACACUCGAAGCUCGUCUCAAAAUCGCAAGGGGAGUGGCUCGGGGGCUGGCCUACAUCCACGAAAAGAAACAAGUGCAUGCCAACAUCAAGCCCACCAACAUCCUAUUAAACUCCAAUUUGGAGCCUUUAAUAAGUGAUCUUGGAUUAGACCGUCUAGUCUCCGCCAGGUUUUUAAGCAGCCAACGAUCAACAACCUCUCGAGAUGGUCCACUCGACACAGCAGCCUCAUCGUCGUCGCCGUAUCGAGCCCCGGAGUCAAUAAAGAACCUCAAACCAAACCCCAAAUGGGAUGUCUACUCAUUUGGCAUAAUUUUGCUAGAACUUCUGAGUGGGAGAGUCUUCUCGGCGGCAGAGUUGGGGCAGUGGGCUGUACCGGCGGGUUCCGUCGGGGAAGAGAAGAACCGGGCUGUUCGGUUGAUUGAUGUGGUGAUAAGGGGUGACAUGGAAGGCAGGGAAGAAGCCGUGCUGGCAUGUUUUAGAUUAGGGUUCAGUUGUGCAUCGUAUGUGCCGCAAAAGAGACCUUCCAUGAAAGCAGCAGUUCGAAUCCUAGAAAAAAAUGGCUUUUGAUUCAUCUUCUUCCUUUUCAUGUUAAAC